AUGGAGCUCAGUCAACUUCCUCUUGUGCUCUUGCUGAUUUCAAACAUCUACUCCGAACAUACUGAAGAAAAAACAAAAGCCAAAGUGACAAUUAAACCUGCUCAACAUGUAUUCAGAGGAGAGAAAGUCACUCUCAGAUGUGACAUAAAUGCUGAGAGAGGCACUAGCUGGCAGUACGGCUGGUAUAAAGAAGAUUCAGACAAUGUUUUCAGUGAACUACAGGAACUCACAUUCAGUCCUGUUACUGAGUUUGACGCAGGUAAAUACUCCUGUUAUGGAGCAGAGACAAAAGGAUCACGCAGCUUACACAUCAGUGAAGAAGUUACACUGACAGUAUCAGGCAACAGCAAUGAUUGUAAGCUGCUCUCAGACAGCAGCAGAGGAGCUGGAGGAAACUACACUGUCGGUUCUGCUGCUCUAAAACACACAGGAGUUUAUGUGUGCACAGCAGAGAGAGGAAAACCAGUCUAUAACUCAACCAUCAGCAACUCACAGUUAAUAUGCUUCACUGGUGUUUUUCCUCCAGUCUCUCUUAUCGUCAGUCCCAGCAGAACUCAACACUUCACAUCUGCUUCUUUCUCUCUGAGCUGUGAGGACCAGAGUAACUCUACUGGAUGGAGAGUGAGAAGAUACACAGAGAGAUGGGGGCUAGAAGAUUGUUCAUCAGUGUUGAGAUCACAAACAGGAUCUACGUGUACAAUCAGAACCACCUCCCCAUAUGACACUGGAGUGUACUGGUGUGAGUCUGAAUCUGGAGAGAACUAUCAUCCUGUUAACAUCACUCUACACUUUGGUGUGAUUCUGGAGAGUCCUGUUCAUCCUGUGACUGAAGGAGAUACUCUGACUCUACGCUGUUUAGAUCAAAAUACAACCUCAUUAAACCUCAGAGCUGAUUUCUAUAAAGAUGGGUCACUCAUCCAGAAUCAAACUACAGAGAUGAUCAUCUCUACUGUCUCAAAGCCACAUGAGGGUUUCUACUACUGCAAACACCCAGAUGGAGAGUCACCCAAGAGCUGGAUCUCAGUCACAGUGUCUCAUUCAGGAUCUCAGGUCUCUGUCCUCCACACACUCAGUUCUGUACUGGCAGUUUGUCCAUAUUUGUUAGUGACAGUCGUGAUGAUUUUCAAAUGCUGCAGGAUGAGAGUUGCAUCUGUUGAAGAGCAAGAAACUGCAAUCUGAUCUUAAUCUGUCGUGAUGGUGAGAAAACUU